AUGCUAAUUGCCACGAUAAACCCCAACCCCACUCGCCUCGCCGUGUGUUUGGAGAAGGAGUUUGAUGGAGCGUACGGGCCGGCGUGGCACUGCAUAACAGGGAAGAGUUUCGGGUCGUUUGUAACCCAUCCCAACGACGGGUUUGUGUAUUUCUCGGUGGAUAACAUCCGUUUUCUUCUGUUCAAGAUGGAGGUCCGGCCGCUGAUCAAACCCAAGCCCCCUCGACUACUCAAGCUCACCAUCAACGAAUGA